AUGAGAGGCAAACUGCCAACUGAGGGCAACUUUGUGACGGUAUCUACUGUUGUUGCAUCACCCGCCUCUCGGGGUUCUGUUCAGCUGCAUUCUAGCGACCCCUUCGAUGACCCUUUCAUUGACCCCAAUUUCUACGGCUCCAAGUUCGACAUGACCGUCAUGAAAGAGGCAAUCUACGCUGCCCGUCGCUUUACUGCUGCUAGAUCUUGGGACAGUUACAUCCUCAAGCCUUCUUUCAACGCCACAACGGAGGCAGAGAUUGAGGACAUGAUUCGCGAUACCACUUGGACGAUUUCCCACCCUGUUGGAAUGGCUGCUAUGAGCGCGAAGAGUGCUGAUUAUGGUGUUGUUGAUCCUGAUCUGAGGGUGAAAGGGAUCCGAUCAGGCCUUCGCGUCAUUGAUGGUUCAGUCUUUGUGAGUUAA